AUGUCGACCUCGACGCCGACCUCGACGUCGCGCGCGCACGGUGGUGGCGUUGUGCGCGCGCGAUGGCGAUCGCGCUCGUCUCGCGUUGAGCGUCGAGUUGGCACCAACGCUGCGAGCGCGGAUGAAUCGGAAUUUGAAAAUGACCAACUAGAGUCAAAGAAGACGCUGGUGGUGAUCGAGUGCGAUGGCGCGGUCGUCGACGUGCAUGGAGACGGACACAGAGUGGCGUUUAAUCGAGCGUUUGCGUCGAAGGGGUUGAACGGGGUGACCUGGGAUCACGCCGAGUACGCGUCGUUAUUGAGAAGCGGAGGCGGGACGCCGUACGGAAUGUGCGAGCGGUACUUUACCUUUUAUGGCUACCCGUCCGCGGUCUCUCCGGCGACGAAACGCAAGAUUGAGAACGAUGAGUAUAUGCAGGCUAUGAAGCGGUUGCAAGAGAUUGUUCCGCUGGCCACGGACGAGAUGGAUUCCGAGGACGACUCUGAGGAGGGACGCGCAAGCGCUGAGGACGAAAAGCGAAUGAGGGAAAUUUUCCUGCGAGAUUUGAUCAAGGAGAAGGAUAAUCAAUUCGGUCUUAUGAUCGAUGACGAUUCUUGGAUGAUUGCAUUCGAGAGAAUGACAAGACUUGAAGGAUUGACCGCGGAGGCAGCCGCGGCAAAGCUCUCAUCGGGAGGGAUUGCGCCUCCGCUGUACAGGCACGAAAGUCUGGGAAGCGGUCACGCGCAGAGUGGUCGAAACGCCGCCGGGACGAGCGCGCCGAGUCGCCGCCUGCGAUGGGAGGUGCAAUCCAUCUUGUCCGCCGCCGAAGGUGUGGACGCAGUGAAAUAUUCGGGCGAUGUCGUGGAUAAAUUGUUAGAUUUAGUGCGCCUCGACCACGGAAUCAGCCCCAAUCAGAUGUUUACCCGCGUAAACGUCGAGAACAACGGUCGUCCGGCGCCACUGUCGCUGUCGACUGCGCAACAGCUCGGGAUAUUGCCCACGCGGUCAGUCCCUCCGCUGCUGACGCACCUUUUACCAGAGCGUUCCGUACCUGCGGCUUGCCGCUCGUAUCUCCAGGAACUUCUGCUUCACCCACCGCCGCCGGAAACAGCUAUGUCGAUUCAGGAGGCAUGCACUUUAUUUAUGAAAACAACCUCAGCGAUGCCCCAACUGGAGGUUUUACCUCCGAGCAAAGUGGCAAAGUUAUUGAGUCAGCGCGAGGCGAGUCAUACGUUCUUCGCGGAUCUGGCUUCGAUGGCGCGAGGCGUGAGCGCUUUGCUCACGCAUCAAGACGAGAACAUGCGACGUGCCGGGGAUCUGAUGAUCGAUCCCACGUCUCUGAAGCUCGGUUCUAAGCUCACCGGCGACAUCCUUGCGAAGUCAUGCAUUGAGGCGACGUCGAUGAUCGAAGCGGUGAUUUCGGAUGACGUACUUAACGGGGCGUUGAUCUUGCGCGAUAAGAUAGACGACCGCGACGACGAUGAUGGCGAUAGCGACGAUCGUGACGACUCAGCGUUCAUCAUGGAGGGAACGGACCAACCGCUCAAACUCGAAAAUAUUCCAAACCGGUUCACGUUUGAAAAUGAGCGAUGGCGCGGUCGAGUUCGACAAGAACACAUCUCCGAGGCGCUAGAAAAGGUUGAGAAGACGGCGCGUAAGCUUGA